AAUUUUUGGUGUUAACCCUUUUGAAGAAUCAGUAGAAAAAGCCACUUCUGAAUUGGUCCCCAAAGGUCAAGAUAACCUGGCCUUAAAUCUCGAUAUAAGUGAUCAAAUUCGUAGUAAGUCGGUUCAGCCCAAGGAAGCAUUGAGAAUUCUAAAAAAAAGAAUCACACAUGAAAAUCCAAAUGUUCAACUUUUGGCUCUUAGCUUAACUGAUACUUGUGUCAAGAACGGUGGUCAUCAUUUCCUAAUUGAAGUCGCGUCUAGAGACUUUGUCGACACUUUAGUGUCCAUUAUAAAAUCGAAUAAUUCUAAUCAUGAAGUCAUACAAAAGAUACUGGGACUGAUUCAAACGUGGGGUUUAACGUUUGAGGACAGACCCGGACUUACGUAUGUAACGGAUACCUACAAAUUGUUGAAGCAUGAGGGUUGUAUAUUCCCAAAAGUUGAUAAGGCAGCCGCAGUUAUGAUUGAUACUGCAACGCCACCUGAAUGGACUGAUAGUGAUGAUUGUGAGCGAUGUAGAGCACAAUUUACUAUGAUAAAUCGAAAGCAUCAUUGUAGAAAUUGUGGUAAGACGUUUUGUGGUGAAUGUUCUUCUAAAACGACUACAUUACCACACAUCGGUAUAAACGAACCUGUACGUGUGUGUGACACAUGUUACAUGAACAAGCAAUUUAAGACAAGAAGCAUUAACCCUGCAGAUUUUAAGCCCUAUUCAAAUCCCACACCCACACAACCCACAUUAUAUUCAAAUUCAAUUUUGCCUGUUGUUAACGGGAACCAUAAUACAUCGAGUUCUCAAAAUAUUGAUAAUGAAGAUGAUGAAGAUAUUAAAAAAGCAAUUGAACUUUCCUUAAAGGAAGCUGAAUUUAACAAAAACUAUGUGCAGCCUGUAUUACAAAAAUCUGCAAAAAAAAUUGAGCCUGCAAAACAAGAGGAAGAAGAUAUAGCUGCAGCUAUCGUGGCUUCUCUCCAAGAUGUACAUAUCAGUAGAACCCCAAAUUCACUUGCCUACAAUGUAAUUGAUUACUCACCUUAUAAGACAAGUAUGUACGAAUUGUCACCAAUUGAAGAAGAAAACAUUUAUAGUUUCUCAGAGGCGCUUGAACGAAUUCGACAAAGCGGAGGUGAUUUGAUGAGAGAUCGUCAAGUUCAGGAGUUGCAUGAACAAGUUGUAGAAUUGAAAACAAAAUUGACGAAGAGUUUAACCGAAACGAUACAAAAACAUCAGGAUCUUGUGGAUAUGCAUGAGAAAUUGUCGCAAGCUGUUAAAUUAUAUGACCGACUAUUGGAUGAGAGGUUUUCAAAUUCAUAUGCACGGCGUGCGUCUUCGAUUUCAUAUUCUAUACCUCAACGAGUUACUUCAUCAGGAGUUCCUAGUGUCGGAAAUGUUUAUCCUUCUAUUGCAUCUCCGAAUCAAUCAUCAAGUAUUUAUCCAAAUGUGCCAUCUUAUCCAAUCGCUUCAGCUCCUGCAACUUCUCCAUCUUAUUUCGCUGCACAGACUGUACAAUAUACGCAGCCUCAAUCACGUACAAUAGAGUCUGGAACUCAACAAACAGUUGUGCCUUUACAACAAGCUUCUCAACAGCCAUCCUAUGCAUAUACUGCAACACAGACCUCUUAUACUUCCGCUCCAAUCCCUACUCUUAAUGACACUACUUCUGGCGAGCAUAAUUCAUUAUCUGGUACUGUUCAUCAGGG